UGUAGACUUAUUUGAACGGAUAAUUCGACCGCAGUCCCAUCUUGGAAGGAAGCCAGGAGGAGUCUUGAUUUCCUCCGGUCCGGUGGGUCCUUCUCUCUCAAUUCACAAACACAACCAAUAACUUUGCCGCAAGUUUGAAGCCCGAAUUUUUGCUGCAAUCCGCACCGCUUGGUCUCUCUCUCUCUCUCUCUCUCUCUCUCUCUCCGCCGAUGGCCACCACAGCCGCCCCUGCAACUAUCUACCCAAUAACUUUCAGGAGAGAUCCUGCGCGUCAUAUCCCCAAACAAUCCCCACAAUCUCUCCUCCAUAAUAGUAUAUCGUCUGCUUCUUCCACCACUACUAUUACUACGGCGUUUCCUCUUCUGCGUCUCCGACGCCGUGGGACCCACAAUGCCGACAGAAUCUUGGCUUCCGUAUCCUCGUCAUCUACUAAGCCAAAGGAAUCUGAGCAGAUGCGCCCCAGCCCCGUUGAUCUAGUGGACUCCAUUCUUUCCAAGGUUACACAAACAGAUCGAGGAGUUUUGCUCACAAGCAAUGAACACCAAAAGGUGGCUGAAGUGGCUCAAGAACUGCGCAAAUUUUGUGUUGAUAAGCCUGUAAAGUGCCCCCUUAUAUUCGGAGAGUGGGACGUGGUGUAUUGCUCUGUGCCAACAUCACCUGGAGGUGGUUACAGAAGUGCAUUGGGCCGCCUUAUUUUCAAAACAAAUGAAAUGAUUCAGGUUAUUCAAGCUCCUGACACUGUGCGGAACAAAGUGUCCUUUUGUGCUUUCGGAUUCUUCAAAGGACAGGUUGUUUUGGAAGGAAAACUGAAGGCUCUGGAUGACAAAUGGAUUCAAGUGAUAUUUGAGCCACCUGUUCUUACGAUUGGAGCCUUCGAUUACAAGUACGGUGGUCAGAGUGAGGUUAAACUGGAAAUUACAUACGUUGAUGAGAAGAUUAGAUUGGGGAAGGGUUCAAGAGGUUCCGUGUUUGUUUUCCAAAGACGCUGAUAGGCAAUGUGAAUCUUUUUCAACCUUAAUUUGGCAAAUUUUUACGUCUUUCUUUA